AUUAGUAAUUACUAAUUAAAAUAGUAUAUAUAAAAUACUACGAUAUCGUAAUGUGCCGUCUCUUCCCUCGACCAUUAAUUCUAUUUUGAAUUUUGAAAUUUUGUUUUACGUACUCAUAAUAAAUGGGAACUUAAGAAAUUAAUAAAUAUUUUUACAUUUCAUAUCCUAAUUAUAUAAAUAUUAUUAUGGAAGUUGAGAAUGUCUCUAUUUCUGUACCUAAAAGUACAAUUAAUAAUGCUGAGGUUAGCAAGAGUACAAUAUUAGGGACCCCAAGGAUUUGUCCACUGUGUGAAUCUCAAAUAAAACGAUUCUUCAUUAACUUCAACGAAAAAAUGCUCAUGUGCGAGAACACCGAGUGUGAAUUUCCAUUUGGCUAUGAAGACUUGCAGUUUAUAGAGGUGGAUGAUUGUGACAAUGAAACAGGUACUGUCCAGAUCAGACAAACUAUUUACCCUCGGGCUAACUCAUGUAAAUCCCUCUCAUCAAUGUCAGAUAUUGAAGAACUGUACAAUAUGUCUAAAUCUGAAUGUAGUCAAAGGGGAAACCAACUUCAGAUCAGGCGACCACUUAAAACAUAUCAACGAAAUAAGGAGAGAUUUGGUGCAGAUAAAGAAAUAACUCAGGGUGUUAAGGAUAUCAGCAUGUUAUCGGCAAAAAUGGUAGAGCUUGAUAGCCCUGUUUUAAUUAAGAAUAAAAAAAUUAUCAAAAGCUUAUUCAACCUGCAAGGAGCAUCCGGGGUAAAAUUAUUGAAGAAAAAUGAAUUAGAUAAAAUAGUACAUGAAAAUAAAAAGCCUGAAGUAAAGAUAGAUAUAGAAAAACACAGUGAUAUAUCAGUCAUCAAAAUCGAAUUAGUUGAUAUGAAGAAGAGUGAUAAUAGCACAAAUAAACAAAGCAGUAGCGAGAAUACCAUUGCACAAUGAGAUCGCUACCACUUUAACGGCUAUUCCCAAUAUACUAUCUACAGAUAGAGAUAAAUUACUACCUUCUACUGACAGUAAUUAGCUGCCAAUAAUCUGAAGCUGUCCUAAUAUACCCGAUCAGUCAUUUUUAUCACCUUAUAUUGGGAUGCAUAAAUUGCAAUUUCCAUAAAAACUUCUAUCGCUGGUAAGCUAUAUGUCCUUCCAUUGACAGACAGUGUGUAUGGAUAAGGUGAGUUACUAUCAAUAAGUUUAUUGGGACAGAAAAGUCAAUGAUAGUUACGAUUUUUAUCUCAACUAGGCCACAACCGGAGGUGACUGAAUAUUGGGAACGGCCGUAAGAGAAUAAAACAUAAUGCAGUCCCUAUGCCCCGCAACUGGCGAACCAAAAGCACCUUCAUUUUUUGAUCUUCAUGAACAUUACACAUGUGAACAUGAACUUCAUGAAAUGUCAUUUGAAGGGAAUGACCUAUCUUAACUCUUAUGGUGGUGUGAGCAAUGAAAAACUCUGCAAUGGGAAUAGUCUCAAAGAAACUUAAGACCUUAGAUAGUAUCUAUGUCUAGAUAGAGUUGUAAGAAAUUUAUGUUAUAGUAACCUUUACCACAUUAACAUCUUUCUUUUUUCAAUUUAGUACAUACCAACUUUUUCAGAUAUCUUUGAUACUGGCUUUGAUAUUCUUCCUCAAAGUAACAGUGUCGUAGAGUUCCCUCAGCCACGGCUCCAUCAGAGUGUCGGCCAACUUUUGCACGAAUGCUCUUCGUUGUAGGGGUUUUUGUCUUUGCCGUACCAUGUUAGAUACAUAAAUGACAUAUGCAUUGAUAAUGCAUAAGUUCAGCAUAUUAUAAGAUAAGCAUUGAGGCCAUCUAUUGGUUUUUCGAUUGCAGCUCAUACCAGAACAAAUUUGAUCGACAGUGUCAACAGCUCCUUUGGUUGAAUUGUAGAAAUGUAUCAUUUCAGGCUUCUUGGUGCUGGGGUUAAUGUUCGGCUGAUCGUGCAUUGUCGAUAGAAGAAACACCACUUUGUUGUAUUUCGGUUUAUAGGAUACCAAGGUUUUCUCAGCAUCAAAGGCAAACAUUGAAGUGCCGAUAUUCCUUGUUCUUGUGUUCUUCAUCUCUUGUGGUAUCUCUCGUUUAUUGCUGCGUAAUGUGCCAAUAAUUGUUAGUUUGUAAGGAGAUUUCAGUAGUUCUGAAGCAAGUGGCACGGAUGUAAACCAGUAGUCCAUAGUAAUGUUUCUGUUUGUUCCGAAAACAGGUUCACAAAGUUGUUUUACACAGUAUGUAGCCAGAGGCGUGUUUUCGCUGCAGUUUGAUCCUUUACCCAAAUAAGGCAUAGCAUUAUAAACAUAUUUUGAGCUUGAAUCCGCUACCAUUACAAUCUUGAUACCAUAUUUAUUAGGCUUAUUCGGUAUAUACAUUCGAAACGGACAGCGACCUCGGAACCCGACUAAUUGUUCAUCUAUUGUCAGAUAAGAAUUGGGUAUGUACCAUUUUUUACAAUUUUCAAUAAACAUUUCCCAGAGUUCUCUUAUUGGAGCGAACUUAUCCGAUUCUCUUAUUUCUUGUCUGGUAGCACGAUUGUCGAACCGACAGCAUCGUAGCAGAAAAUCAAAUCUCUCAGCACUCAUACACGCCUUGAAAACGCUGCCACUUCGUUUGGUGUCAAAUAACAUUCUCGUAGGCAAGUGGUUACUUUUUAUAGCAGCUGAUUGUAGGAGAAGACCGAGCAACGCUUUCAUUUCAGUAGCUGAGGUUUCACGAAUGCUGAAAUUGAUUUGAAAAGGGAGAAGUAUAAAGAAUUAUGUCUAUGUAUAUAUUAUAUUAUACUUCUCCCUUUUCAAAUCAAUUUCAGCAUUCGUGUGGAUUACAAUCUGGUCAAUCAUUUCAUCAGAAAUAAACAAAUGAAAUAAUGGAAUCGGAUCUACAUGAUCACCCGCUUCAUUUACAGAACCUGGUAUAAAAUGAAUAACGUUUCGAGCUGAUGCACGAGUAGCCGAGCUGCGUGGAGUGGCUGCCCAUUUGUGUUUAUUUAUUCCAUAUAUGUAGGCUCUACCUGGAUUUAUUACCGGGUUUUUAAGUGAAGACACCGGUAGAUGUGGCUGCAAUCGCUCGGGAGAGUCGUCAUCUGAGUCAAACAUCAUAUUUCUGUUUCGGUUACCUCUAACAAUGUUCAGCUCCUCAUCAGAAGAGACCAAAGAUUCUUCGGCACUUGCGUCACUGUUUAUGCAGACAUCUUGCUCUAAGUUAUCUCCUUCUUCAGAGUCCGAAAGAUCUCCAGGUGGCCGCGCGAGUUCUGGGUGUUCAUUCUCACUGUCAGAUUCAUUCAACAGCUGCAGAAUCUUAUCUUGAUCCCGUAUCAAAUCCAUCUAAAACAGAAUAAACGCCGUUACAUAAUGUUCAAAUACAUAAUAUUUUACUCAACACACUGAUAAAAAAAAACACCUUCUCUAAACAAGAGAACAAUAAAUAAACAAAAUUAUUCAAAACAUACCUUGACUCACUUUACACUCGUAAUCAUUAGACAUUAGUCUGUGAGAAUAACAAUUCGCCAAAACUCCGGAAGUAAGUAAAUAACUGUGUACCUGUUGUUGUUCACUUAACAAUUUAUUUUAGCUAUGGGCUAUCUAUUACGCCUUUGUUGGUAAUUAAUAAUUCUGAGCAAUUUAAAUAUUGUUCAAUGCUAUGAGAAUGACCACUUUUAAUUUAAUUUUUUUUCCUUGUUGCUAUUGGUGUAUUUUUGACUACCACAACAUUUUUAUGAAAUUACUGGGAUAUGAGACUUAACAUCUUAUGUCUCAAGGUGACGAGAGCAAUUGUAGUGCCACUGGCAUUUCAAGAAUCCUGAGAGGCACUGCAUUGUAAUGGGCAGGUAGCGUAUCAAUUAUCAUCAGGUGAACGUCCUGCUCGUCUCUUACUGUCAUAAAAAAAAUAAUUUAAAACCACUUCAAAGUUUUUCAUGCUAAUUAUGGAAGAGGUAAUUUAUUUUGUGGCAAUUGCUCAAUGUUCAGUUACUUUAAUUUAUUUGUUUACUAUAAGGAUUGUGAUAUUAGUUAAUACCAAUAAAUAAUUAAAAUUUUAAGAA